GGCCGGGCCCGCCUCGAGUACUACGAGAGCGAGAAGAAGUUCCGGGCGGGGGGCGUCGGGGCGGCCCCUCGCCCCAAGAGGACCUUCCCGCUGGCCAGCGCCCUCAACAUCAACAAGCGGGCCGAUGCCCGCCACCCGCACCUCAUCGUCCUCUAUGCCCACCAGGGCACCUUCGGCCUGGCCGCCGAGGACGCCGAGCAGCAGCAGGUGUGGUACGCGGCCCUGGUGGAGCUGCACUGCAAGGCUGCAGACCUGCUUUGGCACUUCCUGCUUUCCGUUCUUCUUCCAAAAAGUGGUUUCAAGACACGGCUGCUUUCUGCCGGGAAAGAGGCCGCCUCGGAGGGGAGCCCCGGCCCCGCGGCCCCCAACCCGGCCUUCAAAGAGGUCUGGCAGGUCAGCCUCCGCCCCCGAGGCUUGGGCCACUCCAGGAACCUGGCGGGGACCUACCUGCUCUGCCUGGCGGAGAAGACCAUCAGCUUCGUCAAGCUCAACUCGGCCGUGGUGGCCGUGGUCCUGCAGCUGCUCAACGUCCGCCGGUGCGGCCACUCGGAGAACUACUUCUUCAUGGAGGUGGGCCGCUCGGCCGUGACGGGGCCCGGGGAGCUGUGGAUGCAGGUGGAGGACCUGGUGGUGGCCCAGAACAUGCACGAGACCAUCCUGGAGGCCAUGAGGGCCCUGAGCGAGGACGUCCGCCUGCGCAGCAAGAGCCAGUCCCUGGCCUCCACCCCCAUCGCGGUCCCCUCCCAUCGGCAGAGCCUCAGCCCCCCGCCCGCUGGCCGGGGGUCUUUCUCCUGGAGGCCCCCCCUGGAGGGAACCCCCUCUCUAAGCCGGAGACCCGCCGGCCUGGGCCAGAAGGCGCCAGGGGCCAGGAAGCCCGACUCCUUGAGCGACUACAGCGCCAUCUCGUCGGACGAAGGGGGUUCCAGCCCGGGGGAAUCGCGGCUUGCCGGCACGCCUGACCCGUUGAAUUACACGGUGGAGGAAGUCGAGCUGGACUACAUUGCCAUGGGCAAGCUGGCUUCCCCCGAAGGGCACCCCCUGACGUGGGGGUCGGCCGCAGGCACAAACAAGCGGGCUUCUCUGCCCCCCCUGGCGCUCGGAAAGGACACGCUCCCUCUGCCCUGCAGCCGGAAGCAGGGCCUCAAGUCGGUGGCCGUUUCUGCAAGUUAUCCCGAAGGCCUGAACCUUCGCCGCGUAGCCGAUCCUGGCUACAUGGCCAUGCUGCCCGGCGUGGUGGCCACGGGCGCGGAGGAUCAGGACUAUGUGCCCAUGACCCCUGGCAGCGUCUCGCCUCCCCGGGGGAAUGGGGGCUACAUGGUGAUGUCCCCCACCGGGAGCGGCUCUCUGGAGGGGCCAGGCCCGUGGAGAACGGCCGGCGGGGAGACCAGGUCGCUGGGGGACGAUUAUAUGAACAUGUCCCCCGUCAGCCAGUCGGCCUCCAGCAGCCCCCCCGAGUACGGCUCCGCGCUGCUGGCCCUCCCGAGAAAUGGCCUCUUCUACUCGCUUCCCCGUUCCUACAGACACGACCCCAGGCCACUGGCCUUGCCUUUCAACGCCGGCCGCCUCUCCUGCUCCUCUUCCACCAGCUCGGAGAGCUUGGAGGAGCCCCCCGGCGCUCCCGCCCGCCCGCGCCGUCGUCUGUUCCUGGGCUUCCCCAGAGACGGCCAAGGGGACCCCCCUUUUGCCCCCCAAAGCAGCCCCGGAGAGUACGUCAGCAUCGACUACCGCGCCAGGGCCACCGACUACGUCAACAUGGAGCUCGGUGCCGCGCCGGCAGAAUCCAGCGGGACGGCGGUGCCCGAGAGCUAUGCCGAGAUGGUGCCCGGUGCCCGACGAGGACGAGGGUGCCCAUCAGGGAGGCACCACCCUUCCUCGGAGACGUUCGCCGAGGGGGAGAGGAGCGGGGGGGCUCUGCCGUGCGAGACCCAGGCGGAAUCGGGUCUGAACUACAUCGACCUCGAUCUGGGGAAGGAGGCCACCCCAGAGACGGCCUCGGCCUCCCACCUGGCGGGCCAGGCGGGCAGGCUCCACACCUACGCCAGCAUAGACUUCGAUCGCUCCGGAGAGCUCUGGGGAUACAGGGCAAGCUCCGAGGGAGAAGAAUCCUGACGCUGACCAACACCCCCCCCAAGAAGGAUGGAUUUUCAGGCCUGAAGUCAGACGUUCCUCCCAGCCCCCCCCCUUCCAAGCCAUUGCUGAGCUUGUUCUUCAUCCAUCGCAGUGUGCUGACGCCAAGUGCCUUUCUGCGGGGUGUGCGUGUAUGGGGGGGGGCUGAGAUAGCCCUCAACCCCAUGGAGAGAGCUUUGAAACUGUGUGUCCCCUCCCCUCACACUCCCAUGCACCAAAGAUGAAUUUUUUCCCCUGAGGGUUGGUGCUGCUGCCAGUGGGAAUGGGAGAGCCGUUUUCUGUGGAUGUUUUGGCACAGAGAAGCCACGUUUUGCCUUUUGGGUCUGUGGCUGGACCCCAGGGGUGGGGUGGGGGAGCCACGUUUUGUGGCUGGCUUGGAAAAGGAGGGCCACCCUUUCCACGCCCCUUCUGUCUGGAGGCUGGUGGUGCCUCCUUCCUUCAGCUCACCCUUCCGCGUAGACGGCAGCCCCCCCACCGCCACCCCCACCCCUUGACUCAAGUGCCUGCGUCGCCCCUUUGGGUUCCUUUCCCAGCCAAGGCGGUCACCUCCCCCCACCCGUCGUCGCUGUUUGCACAGGGAGGAAGCCCCCAAAGACCCCUUUGGAAGGGGCCUGGAACCCAGGGCAUGUCCUGCCUCCCCCCUCAAAAAAAAUCCCCUUCUCCCCCC